AUGGCCGGAUCGAGUGUUGAGAGGCGGCUGGUUCGCAAGCUUGAUUGCUUUAUUCUGGUCUAUUGCUGCGCAGCGUACUUCUUCAAUUAUCUUGAUCGAUCUGCUUUUGCAAAUGCAUAUGUUUCCGGCCUCAAGGAGUCCCUCGGCCUUGAGGGUAAUCAAUACAGCAUCCUGAUUGCCAUGUUCACUGCGGGUGCCUGUGUUGGACAAAUUCCACACGCUCUCAUUAUCCAGAAAGUUGCGCCUCGAUUCUGGCUACCAUUCACAUUUAUUGUCUGGUCAGGCUUGACCAUGGUCUGUGCUGCAUGCAAGACAUAUGAACAGCUCUGCGUAGUCCGUUUCUUUCAGGGGUUCUUUGAGUCAAGCCUGUACAGCGGUACAAUCUACAUCUUGGGCUCGUGGUACAAACCCUUGGAGAUUGCGAAGCGCACUGCUAUCUUCACUGCAAUCGGCCAGAUUGGUAGCAUGUUCGCUGGAGUCAUGAUGACUGCUAUGAAUGAGGGGCUGCAUGAUCAGACCGGGCUUCAAGGCUGGCAAUGGGUCUUCCUCAUCAAUGGCGCUAUGGGACUUCCAUUCGGUAUCUUCGGCCUAGCUUUCUUCCCAAACCUGCCUGAAUCGACAGACGUGUCCUAUCUCAGCAAGGAAGAAAUUCAGCUAGCUAUAGAUCGCCUCCCCGCAAAGAAGAAUUGGGGACACGACAUCAGCAUCAAGUCACUGUGCAAGCGGCUGUUCGCCUCGCCCGGGUUUUACAUUCUGACGCUAUACUCGGUUAUUGGAUGUGCGCUUGAAGCUAUUGUCUUGCAGGGCCUCUUCUUGCUUUGGAUGAAGGCCAACAUCGAGAAGUUCCCAUCUUACGCCACAACCACCUACCCUCUGGGCAUCCAGGCUGUUUCCAUUGUCUCAAACAUUGGCGCUGGGUAUGUCAUCGACAUGACAAACCGACGCAUUCCUAUGGUCAUUCUUGCGGGUACCCUCCAAUUGUUGGUCGCCAUUCUCCUUCUCGUUCCGACCCUUUCAACUGCCGGGACGUUCUUCGCCUUCUACCUCGCCGGUACUUCGUAUAUCGUCAAUCCCAUCUUGUACGGUUGGGCUAGUGUUAUUUGUCAGCGCGACGGGGACGACGCGACGCGCUCAGUCAUUCUCUAUGUCAUGAGCAUGGUACAGUCGAUCCUAUAUACUUUCUGGGGUAUUGCGUUGUAUCCUGCGACAGAUGCACCGUACUGGAAAAAGGGAUACAUCACAAUGAUUGUGGUCGUGAUUGCAUUCUUUGCUUGCACCGCUGCUGUACAAUGGCUGGAUAAGAGAUCACAACGAGAGGCCAACAAAGAGCAGGAACAGGUGACAAAUGUCAACGGGGGGCCAGUAGAUUGGGAUAAGCAGCAUUAG